AUGGCAGAUCCCGAUGCAGACCGUGAAGCCCGAGGCCCGCUAGAUGCGGACUCUGACAACGAGGACGGCCCCGAAGCGCCGCUCCAGGGCCAGCCGCGCCGUGAGCGCUUGGAAAGGAUUGCUCUAUUCGACUUUUUGAGGCUCGUAGCGGGCAACCGCGACCUCCAGCCAGGCUUCAGGACCGUCGAGGAGCUAGUGAACCACCUCAAGGCAAACGAUACCAUUACAAGUGAUGCGGUCUCCCGCGCCAUGUUGGCCUGUCCUCGUGACCUGUUUGUGCCUCCGGCGCACCGCGGCGAAGCUCUGGCGGACCGACCCAUCCGCGUGGCGGAGGCCGGGUUCAACAUCUCCGCACCUCACGUGCAGGCGGUGGCACUGCAGGCCCUGGCAUUGGACCAGGGGCAGAGGGUUCUGGAUGUGGGAUGUGGUUGCGGCAUCGUUACGGCCUAUGCAGCAUACCUGACUGGCUCUUCUGGCGAUGUGGUGGGUAUUGACAUCCGCGACAGCGCCAUCAACUUGGCCACGUCCAACCUGCAACGACUGAUUGCGCACAACAUUGAGUUCUCAGAGGUGUCAGCGCCAAUCCGCAUCGAGCGACACAACGUGUUUAUUCCCCUGCAGCGGCACCGGGGCAGAUACGAUGCGGUGCACGUGGGGGGAGCCAUGCCGGCCAGCAGGCUGGGGGCGAUACUGGAUCUGCUGGGACCCAAGUUUCCCGAUGGAACUGUACGGCAGCGAGUGCUCAGCCAAGUGAGCUUCAGCGAGUUGGAGAUUCCUCGUGAUGUGGAGGUGGUUCGGGCCCUACUCGAGGAGCAGGCAGAGGCCGCCAGGCGUGUGGAGGUGCCUGCGUCCACCUUCGCAUCUGACCUGGCGGGUCUGGGAGCUCCAGGGGUGGAUCUACAGCAAGCGGCGCAGAAGGCAGCAGCCGCUGCGGCGCCGUGCUCAGGGCCGUCGUCGUCGUCAUCGGGUGCAGCUGCUGCUGUAGGUGGUGGUACAGCUCCAGUGUCCGAAUCCUCCCGUCGUGGAGCCACCAACGGUGUGAGGCCGCGAAGUCAAAGCUCCCUGGAGGGCGACCACACCGGCCCCGCCACACUGCCGCCAGCACACCGGGCCAGCUCCAAGGGGAGCCAACUGACGGGGGAGGCGGAGACCGCCGCAGUCGGCGCCGGUGCCGCCACCUCCUCGGCCACCGCUGCUGGUGGCGGCGUGGGUGGCCACGUGGGGACCGGCCUUGCGUCUUUCGUUCAGAGAGCUGGUGUGGGCGGUUGGGGCUGGCAGUGGGAGCGGCCGGCACAAGCACGGACCAAGGCCAAGGGCCAAGACGACGAGGCGACGAGGCGGAGCGAUGUGGAGAUGGACGAGGAGGCUGGUGAGGAGAAGUCGCAGCGGGCAGCGGCGUCAGCGUCAGCGGAGGCGCCGGCGGGGCCCGUGCAGAUGGAGAAGGCGGAGGAGGAGGCAGAGGUGGAGGCUCUGGAGCGGCGCGGAGGUGGGUCUGGCGACGGCGACGGUGACGGAGGCGGGUUGCCGUACCUUGCCGGUGUGGCCGAGGUGCUGUCGCUAGGCCCUACGGACUGCGAGCUGGAAGGUGAUGGCUGGCGCCUCCCAGCACACAAGGCGGUGCUACAAGCCCGCUGCGAACUGCUGCGCGCCCAGCUGAGCAGCGGCAUGCGGGACAGCGACACCACCACCUACCGGGUACCUGAAGCGGUGGAGAGGAGAGACGCGGUGGAGGCUUUCCUUAACUACGUGUACAAGGACUGCUUACCAGAUGAUGUGGACAUGGAGCUGGUCCCUCAGCUGCUACAUGCGGGAAUAUACUUCGGAUGCCACAGGCGAGUAGGGGGAGGGGAGGAGGCCGAGAGAGCCCAAGACACGCGAGCUCUCAGGUCUUGGAACGCGGCGGGGAGAGAGGAAGGGCUCGUCCGCCUGUGUGAGUCCCUGCUGGCUCGCGAGCUGGUGGCGGCCGCCUCCUCCUCCUCCUCCCAGGAUGCGGCUGCGGGUGCGGGUGCGGACCCCGAGCUUCUUGAGGCAGCAGUGGCGGCUGCGGGGCCGCUGCUGGCCCUGGCGGACGAGGGCGGACUGGACCAGCUGAGGAGGGUGGCCAUGCAGUUCGUCUUGGACCACUUCCCCGCCGUAUCCGUCAGUGAGGGCUACCGGCAGCUUCCCCGGCCGCUGGUGGAUGAGGUGGCCAGGGAGGCACUGGCCCGGUACAACUCCCUGCUGCAGCAGCUGGCGAAGCUUGGUGACACGACUCAAGGGCUGGAGGAUGCGGACGACUAG